AUGCAUCUACUCCCUUUGCUGGUUGCCGGCCUGAUGGCAACCUCACUUGCUGCUCCCACCUUCUUUGACGACCUGUAUGACUAUUCAGACGACAUGGCUGGAUUUCUUGGAAGGGUGAGCAAGCAUAUCGAGGACGCCAAAGACCUCUUCACGGCGACGUCGACAUGCGAUCCGUCCAACAUUGCCCUCCCAGCAUAUGCUUCGGGUCUGCCUUCUCCUACCGAUCAAAGGCCACUCUAUGUUGCAUUGGGUCGGGGUACUCAGAACUACAGCUGUGCCGCUUCGACCUCCGAUGCAAAACCCGAGGCCGUCGGCGCCGUCGCUCGCCUCUACAACGCGACUUGUAUCGCCUCAAGCUUCCCAGACCUCAUAGAAUUACUGCCCAACAUUGCAUACAAGAUCCAACUGCCAACCAACGACUAUGACCCGCUGCCCCCGGCAAACAUGGAUCUGUUGGGCCAUCACUUUUUCUCCGGGGCAACACCUGUGUUCAACCUGGACACCACACCAUCUCGCCAAUACGGGAUUGCGAUGACGAAGAAAGAGUCUCAGAUCGAUGCGCCGUCUAGUGCCAUGAAAGGUGGCAAUGGGGCGGUCGCUUGGCUGUAUCUCUCUACCAUCAACGGGACCAUUGGGCGAUAUAAGAGCGUCUACCGGGUGGACACCGCAGCGGGGCAGCCGCCGAAAACAUGCGAGAACAUGCCAUCACAGUUUACAGUCCAGUAUGCAGCGAAUUAUUACUUCUUUGGCAGUUAA